GGCUGACGGGUACACUUCCGGGUAUGUUUUCGUCUUGCACGGAGACACUCAGCGGGACCCCCCCUAAGAGGACAUGAUGAAUGUGAUCAAUAACUGACUGAGGCCCCUAGGAACACCCCGUAUACCUGUGUAUCCACCUGCCUGACGUCAUGUCCAAACAGAAAGGUUCAGCUAAAACCCUGAUCAUCACAGACGAUGAGGAGGUCGAUGCUGAGGAGCUGAAUCCGUUCUCCUUCAAAGAGUUUUUACGCUGGAAGAACCAGGAUCCAGAUGAGGAGCCAGACCAAAACCAAGACCAACACCAAUAUGUAGACAAUACGCUGACACAGAGCAAGUCAAGUGGUUAUCAGAGGUUGUUCGAUGUCGGUAACGUGACUUUUGACCCUGAGAUCAGGAGCUGUUUCUUCUCUGAGCCCUCACUGGCACAACAGUCAGCGAUACAUGUAUCUCAGUCUAACCAGGGAGAGGAGGAGGAGGAAUGGGGGCGGAGCUUCCUGUCAGGUGUAGACAGCACCUCCUCCCUUUGCACAGAGGGGGAGGAGGAGGAGGAAGAGGAGGAUGGGGAGGAAGAGGAGACCAGGUUCUCGUCAAAACUUGAAGUCCAGCAGAAAGGAGGGGUAGAGAACUAUGAAGGAGACGAUGAGACCUCUAUUGCUGAACCGGUCACCUCCUGCAGACGGAAGAGCGGGAGGAUCAGUCAAAUACAACAGUUGAAGGAUGAGAACAUGUCCUUAAGGAGAACCGUCAGGGAACUUCAAAAGAAAUCAGAUGCUAAUGACCGCAGGGUGUUGGACCUGUCUGAGGAGCUGCUCCAGAGGAGGCGUCAGGAGGAGAGGGAGGCUCAGGAUCUGGAGAGCAUGGUUCACUCUGUGGAGCAAAACCUCCACCUGAUGACGAAGCGAGCAGUGAAAGCAGAGAGCAGUGUUUCCAAACUGAAGGUGGAGCUGCAGCAGCUGCAGGCGGAGGUUGAAUCUUUGCGGUUGGAGAAUGACAGUCUGAAGGCAGCAGAGUCGGAAGUUGUCAUGACGAUGAGACACAAUGCUCAGAUGGCGUCUAAGUACCUUAACAAAUCGGCGAGCCUUGCCCACUCAUCCAUCCGGCAGCUGUUGGGGGAAGCGGAGACACUCCAUUUGGUCUCUCAGCUGCUUCAGUCCAUCGACAAGAUUUCCAACAUUCAGUCAGAUUCCUGAAGUCCCCGAGACCCGCUUCAGACGUCCACUUGAACCUCAUUUUUGAGACAGGAAGGAGAUGGUAUUUGUCAUGGAGCGGCCCUGAUAUGAUGAACUUUGUGGUCAGCAGGUCCAAGUCAUUUCAUAUCCUCUCAUUGUCCAGUGGAAAUAUCCUCGAUUCUUAAAUUCCGCCUCCUCUCCUGGCAUCUUAGGCCAUCCUAUCUAAGAGCAAGCAGAGGAGGAGACGCAAGGAGAGAGAUGUUCGAGACCAGAGGUGUCUAACAAAAUGACACACCUGCUAUAUAUAUAUAUAUAUAUAUAUAUAUAUAUAUAUAUAUAUAUACAGUACUGUGCAGGCAUGUAUGAAAAAAUGUUGUAAAGUAAGAAUGCUUUCACAAAUACAAAUUGUUUAUUUUUUAUCAAUUUCCAAAAUGCAAAGUGAGCUUACAGAAGAAAGAUCUAAAUCAAAUCAAUAUUUGGUGUGACUACCCUUUGCCUUCAAAACAGCAUCUUAUAGGUAUACUAGUCAGGGAUUUUAUAGAAUUAUAGUAAUGGGUAUGAUUAACCAAUUAUAGCAAACAGGAGCUAAUGAUCAUCAUUUUCAUAUGUAGGUUGAAACGCAGUCAUUAAGUGGAACAGAAACAGCUGUGUAGGAGGCUUAAAACUGGGUGAGGAAAAGCCUACUACCACGGUGAGGUUAUGGAAGAGUUUCAUGCCACAGGACAUACACUUUGGCAAGACUGAGCACAGCAGCAAGUCAGAAGGUUGUUACACUACAUCAACUAGGCCUCUCCGAGGUAAAGAUUUCAAAGCAGACUGGGGUUUCAAGAUGUCGCUGUUCAAGCUCGUUUGAAGAAGCACAAAGAAACAGGCAACGUUGAGGACUGUAGACGCAGUGGUCGGCCAAGGAAACUUAGUGCAGCAGAUGAAAGACACAUCAGCUUACUUCUCUUCGAAAUCGGGAGAUGUCCAGCAGUGCCAUCAGCUCAGAACUGGCAGAAACCAGUGGGACCCAGGUACACCCAUCUACUGUCCACAGAAGUCUGGUCGGCCAAAAAGCCAUACUUCUGACGUGGAAACAAGUCCAAGCGACCCAACUUUGCACAGAAAUGGACGAACUGGGGUGCAGAAAAUUGGCAGAAGGUGCUCUGGACUGAUGAGUCAAAAUUUUAAAUAUUUAGCUGUAACAGAAAGUAGUUUGUUCGCCGAAGGGCUGGAGAGCGUUACAAUAAUGAGUGUCUGCAGGCAACAGUGAAGCAUGGUGGAGGUUCCUGGCAAGUUUGGGGCUGCAUUUCUGCAAAUGGAGUUGGGGAUUUGGUCAGGAUUAUUGGUAUCCUCAAUGCUGAGAAAUACAAGCAGUUACUUAUCCAUCAUGCACUACGAUCAGGGAGGCGUCUGAUUGGUCCCAAAUUUAUUCUGCAGUACAAUGAUCCCAAACAUACAGACAAUGUCAUUAAGAACGUACUUCAGCAUAAAGGCAAGUUUGGCAAGGCAAGUUUAUUUAUAUAGCACAUUUCAACAACAAGGCAUUCAAUAUUCAAAGUGCUUCACACAAGACAUCAAAAGCAUCAGAGUACUGAUCUCAACAUUAUCGAGUGUGUCUGGGAUUACAUAAAGAGACGGAAGGAUUUGAGACAGCCUACAUCCACAGAAGGUCUGUGGUUAGUUCUCCAAGAUGUUUGGAACAACCUACUGUCGAGAUCUUUAAAAAACUGCAAGUGUAUCUAGAGGAAUUGAUGAUGUUUUGAAGGCAAAGGGUGGUCACAACAAAUAUUUAUUUGAUUUAGAUAUUUCUUCUGUUCAUUCACUUUGCAUUUUGUAAAAAUAAUCUCACACUUCUAUUUGUGAAAGCAUUCUUAUUUUACAGCAUUUUUUUCACACCUGCCCAAAACGUUUGCACAUUACUGUGUAUAUGAAAACAAGUGCCAUUCCUCCCUUCAGUAACAUUUGCCUGUGUGUCGGCUUAAAUCAGAGAGAAGGAUAAUGAAAAGUGUCUUGCAUCAUUCUUUUGUGGGGGGUGGGAGUAUUGUUUGAACUUUUUAAUGCCUUUACUUUAGAGGACACAGCAGUGGAUAGUAGGGAAUUGUUAGGAAAGAGUGGGGUAUAUGAAUGCACAGAAGAGGCAGGAGGACAGAGGAGAAAGGGUGAGAGAGAAAACCAUUGAACAUUUGAAUAAAAAAAAUCCUCAUAUCUCUUUGAAGGGUCUUUUAUUUUGAAACAUUUUAGCUGAUUUUUACCAUCCAAAUUCAAACUGUGUGUUUUAACAGAAAACUUUCUAUCUUGCCAAGAAAAUACAUGCGUUGAGUAAAGAAGCUCCCCCCAAAUUAUUCCCUUACACAGCUGCUGAAACCAAGAAAACUAAUUUAUAUUCGUAUAGUAAAUUCAUAUUUAAAAAAAAAAAGUAUAUUGAUGACACAGCAAA